CACCAAUGUAGUUGCAUGUCUCUUAUCUAACAACAACUACAUUUAAACGCAAAUCUUUUAAAUGUCUUAGAUAAAAAGGACGUUCAAUGUUUUAGACUGUGUUUCCGUCUGACUGUUUUGAUAAGGUUGACCUUGACCUUCGAUCAUGUUGGCACCCCUGGCACUGACCUUGCUCUUCGUGAGCGCCUCUGUGGCUGGACCGGUUCCUGCGCAGAGUGACGCGAUCGGAAACCUGAUCAACGAUGCUGUUGGAAUUUUAUCUGGAGGAGUCGGGAAGAAAGGUCUCCAGGAAAGUGAUUUGGUGAUCGUGGCUGACAUUCUGGGUUCGGUUCUUGGGCAAGCUCAUGAACGCGACUUGGAACAGGAAGGUGACAUCUCAUUACUGGCUGACAUUUUAGGAUCAGUCGUAGGAAGUUUCUUUGGAAAGAGAAGUUCCGAAACACAAGAUGACAUAUCAUUACUGGCUGACAUUUUAGGAUCACUCGUAGGAAGUUUCUUUGGAAAGAGAAGUUCCGAAACACAAGAUGACAUCUCAUUACUUGCUGAUCUUUUAGGAUCAGUCGUAGGAAGUUUCUUUGGAAAGAGAAGUUCCGAAACACAAGAUGACAUCUCAUUACUUGCUGAUCUUUUAGGAUCAGUCGUAGGAAGUUUCUUUGGAAAGAGAAGUUCCGAAACACAAGAUGACAUCUCAUUACUUGCGGAUAUUUUAGGAUCAGUCGUAGGAAGUUUCUUUGGAAAGAGAAGUUCCGAAUCACAAGAUGACAUCUCAUUACUUGCUGAUCUUUUAGGAUCAGUCGUAGGAAGUUUCUUUGGAAAGAGAAGUUCCGAAACACAAGAUGACAUCUCAUUACUUGCUGACAUUUUAGGAUCAGUCGUAGGAAGUUUCUUUGGAAAGAGAAGUUCCGAAACACAAGAUGACAUCUCAUUACUUGCUGACAUUUUAGGAUCAGUCGUAGGAAGUUUCUUUGGAAAGAGAAGUUCCGAAACACAAGAUGACAUCUCAUUACUUGCUGACAUUUUGGGAUCAGUCGUAGGAAGUUUCUUUGGAAAGAGAAGUUCUGAAACACAAGAUGACAUCUCAUUACUUGCUGACAUUUUGGGAUCAGUCGUAGGAAGUUUCUUUGGAAAGAGAAGUUCUGAAACACAAGAUGACAUCUCAUUACUUGCUGACAUUUUGGGAUCAGUCGUAGGAAGUUUCUUUGGAAAGAGAAGUUCCGAAACACAAGAUGACAUCUCAUUACUUGCUGACAUUUUGGGAUCAGUCGUAGGAAGUUUCUUUGGAAAGAGAAGUGCCGAAACACAAGAUGACAUCUCAUUACUAGCUGACAUCUUAGGAUCACUCGUAGGAAGUUUUUUUGGAAAGAGAAGUUCCGAAACACAAGAUGACAUCUCAUUGUUUGCUGACAUUUUAGGAUCAGUCGUAGGAAGUUUCUUUGGAAAGAGAAGUUCCGAAACACAAGAUGACAUCUCAUUACUUGCUGACAUUUUGGGAUCAGUCGUAGGAAGUUUCUUUGGAAAGAGAAGUUCCGAAACACAAGAUGACAUCUCAUUACUAGCUGACAUCUUAGGAUCACUCGUAGGAAGUUUUUUUGGAAAGAGAAGUUCCGAAACACAAGAUGACAUCUCAUUGUUUGCUGACAUUUUAGGAUCAGUCGUAGGAAGUUUCUUUGGAAAGAGAAGUUCCGAAACACAAGAUGACAUCUCAUUACUUGCUGACAUUUUGGGAUCACUCGUAGGAAGUUUUUUUGGAAAGAAAAGUUCCGAAACACAAGAUGACAUCUCAUUACUUGCUGACAUUUUAGGAUCAGUCUUAGGAAGUUUCUUUGGAAAGAGAAGUUCUGAAACACAAGAUGACAUCUCAUUACUUGCUGACAUUUUGGAAUCAGUCGUAGGAAGUUUCUUUGGAAAGAGAAGUUCCGAAACACAAGAUGACAUCUCAUUACUUGCUGACAUUUUGGGAUCAGUCGUAGGAAGUUUCUUUGGAAAGAGAAGUGCCGAAACACAAGAUGACAUCUCAUUACUAGCUGACAUCUUAGGAUCACUCGUAGGAAGUUUUUUUGGAAAGAGAAGUUCCGAAACACAAGAUGACAUCUCAUUGUUUGCUGACAUUUUAGGAUCAGUCGUAGGAAGUUUCUUUGGAAAGAGAAGUUCCGAAACACAAGAUGACAUCUCAUUACUUGCUGACAUUUUGGGAUCAGUCGUAGGAAGUUUCUUUGGAAAGAGAAGUUCCGAAACACAAGAUGACAUCUCAUUACUAGCUGACAUCUUAGGAUCACUCGUAGGAAGUUUUUUUGGAAAGAGAAGUUCCGAAACACAAGAUGACAUCUCAUUGUUUGCUGACAUUUUAGGAUCAGUCGUAGGAAGUUUCUUUGGAAAGAGAAGUUCCGAAACACAAGAUGACAUCUCAUUACUUGCUGACAUUUUGGGAUCACUCGUAGGAAGUUUUUUUGGAAAGAAAAGUUCCGAAACACAAGAUGACAUCUCAUUACUUGCUGACAUUUUAGGAUCAGUCGUAGGAAGUUUCUUUGGAAAGAGAAGUUCUGAAACACAAGAUGACAUCUCAUUACUUGCUGACAUUUUGGGAUCAGUCGUAGGAAGUUUCUUUGGAAAGAGAAGUUCCGAAACACAAGAUGACAUCUCAUUACUUGCUGACAUUUUGGGAUCAGUCGUAGGAAGUUUCUUUGGAAAGAGAAGUGCCGAAACACAAGAUGACAUCUCAUUACUAGCUGACAUCUUAGGAUCAGUCGUAGGAAGUUUCUUUGGAAAGAGAAGUUCCGAAACACAAGAUGACAUCUCAUUACUUGCUGACAUUUUGGGAUCACUCGUAGGAAGUUUUUUUGGCAAGCGACAUAUUUAGCUUCCUCAUUGAAAAUA